CACUUCAAUUAGGCGACGAUGUGGAUAGGAUUUCCUGGACUGAAAAGCAAGAGAUAUCGCACACAAUCGCAUGGAUUUAAAGCGACGUGUGUCUACGAGGAGUGGCUAAAUGCUAUUAUCUUCCAUUUCGCUGUCAACUGUUGAACAACCUUGCAGUGUAUCGUGUUAUUUUUAGGUCAAGAGGUCGUUUUGUUUGGGCCCCAAUAAUGACAAGACAUAUUUGGCCCCGUCUUGGAAAAUCCAAUUUCCAAAAGGACACAAGAACUGGUUUAUGGAGUAACCGAUACACAUGAAUAGCCAGUGAUAUCAUGGUCAUAUCGUUUUACCGUUUCUUUUUCACUUUUGCAAUCGAACUUUGAGGACUGUGAAGCGCGUGCACGGAAUUCAUGGAGUGAACUUUGCCUGGAUUUUUGUGUAUGGUAACUACAGAUAUUCAUUUUGUUGCCUAUUGACACUGUUGCAGGAAUACCACCAUAUCUUCACUUUUGAUGCAUUUCAAAAGCGUUGCGUGAAACCGUAACCUGUCGUCUAUUAUCAUGGAAAAUUCCUGGACUUUGCUGGGUUGCUUGCUACUUGCAAACUGUCUUUUAUGUUUCGCUUUUCCUAACAAAGAAGCUGGCAUAUCAAAGGACUAUUCUUCAAGAGUCUUUAGAUACGAAGAAUUCUUGCACCAGAAAGCGAUAAAACAAGCUUUUAUGAAGAAAAUAUUGGAAAAACUAGGCAUGAAGGCCAGGCCACCUCCUAUACCUUUAGACAAAAGAAAACCAAAUCUCCCUCGACCUCUUAUCGAUGGUGGACUUACAACUUCUGUUGAAGAAGACCCAGAGAAAAAAGUUGACAUCGUGGUGUCAUCUGAAGAAGGUGACGAUGCAAAUUGCCAGGCAAAAGAUGGGUGCUUUAUAUUCAAGAUUAAUCAUAGGUUUUUGAGCAAGCACAAAAUAGAAUACGCUGCACUGCAUGCACACAAAGAAGGGACAACUAAAGGAAAAGAUUCAGAGAGAAUAACCAUUUUUCUUGACGAGGCUGAAAAUCGCGCAUUUUCAAGAACAAAACGAGACAAUGUCAAUAUCUUUGACAAAAAAAACUCAAUGCCAAGGAGCACUGAUGACCAUGACACUCGGAAAGUUACGUUUCGGACAGAUUCGCACGGCUCAACCGAUAGCUUAAAAGCAAGGCCUAAUGACGUCAGAAAAAUGAACCAAGCUCAUCAGCACCGACAAAAAAGAGAUGUUGAAGAAACUUCAAGAGAGAGUUUUAAUGAAGGUGGAAACGCAACCAGGCUUGCUCUCGAAACAGAAGCUACGGUGCCGGAGAAUGGAUGGUUCACUGUUUUUGUAAACGAUAUAGUAGGUGGUUGGCAACAUCAAAUGAGUGGUAACUCUGUUAAACAUAGGGUACAGAUAAAGGGCGCUAACCUUACAAUCACUACGAAAAUCCGAUACAGGCCCUUCAUGGUUUUGAAAUUGAAAGAGAAAAGCUCUCGACGUCGCACAAGGCGCUCUUACGCCAAAGAAUGCGUUCCCGGUUAUGACAAAUGCUGUCUUCGCAAACUUUUCGUCAGGUUCAGGGACAUCAAUUGGCAUGACUGGAUAAUCAAGCCUGACGGCUAUCAAGUGAACUACUGCGAAGGAAGGUGUACAGGCACGGGGAUAACUUCAGCUCGUAGCCAUGCCUUCAUUAAGCGAAACCUAAUUGCAAGCAGAAAACACCCGGACCUGCAAACAUGCUGUGUACCAUUGAAAUUUGAGCCACUCACUUUACUGCACCAUGACGACGAUGGUACUAUCCUGAAAUCAUCUCUACAAAACAUGUCUGUGUUAGAAUGUGGCUGCGUUUAGAAUCAAAGCUGAGAACUAGCUUCGUUUACUUAUUUCCUUUUGCUGAAUUAAAUUCUAAGACAAGUUAGAAGUAGUUGAAGGAAGUGCUUAGCUCCCUUAAGGGCCCAGAUGAAAAAAGUCCUAGGGCCUAGCCAAAGAACUAUGGUAUCCUUUGGUGCCAGUUAAUGUGGCUGUCGGUUUCUUCAUUGCUUUCAGAAUUCAAUCGGAAUUAUUCCUGAAAUAAGGGAGCUUCUAGCUCCGCCAACUACCUAAUAGGGCACAAUGUGCACCCAUUGCAGAAUUCACUUUGAACUUUAACCACUGAACACACGCAAAGCAUUGUGGUAAGAUCUUCAGCAUCAACUCUUUUAUCAAUAUUUCUUGGCUCUCUAUCAUGAAUUGUCCUGCUGAUGCACUUAAUCUGAAAAUCUAAAAAGUCAUCAGUUUCCAUUUUUCUUUAAUCGAUACAAUUUUGGCUGUGAGUGCAUUAAGCAGUCACAAAAAACGAACGAAUAUCCAGACUACAAGACUACACGUCUUCCAAGUCACGUGGUAAUGGAUUGCCACCAAAUACAUAUAGCUUUAUCAAAAACAGCAAAAAAUGGCCGCAGUUUCUUUACAACCAAGUCAAUAUGCAAUUAAAUUUUUGAUAAAAAUUUUUCACCGCGAUGCUUUGGAUCAGAAUAUUACCACUAUCCGUGUUAAAUUUCAAUUAAUGAGCAUGGGUAUAAAAUAAGUGUUUGUAAAAUAGUUUACAAAUGAGCUUUAGACUGCAUGUAGAGCAAGCUGGCAUUGCUACUGCAGUGUACAUAUACAACGACGAUGAACAUGGCUUUUGAAUCCAAACGACGGGUUAUAAGAAUGGCGCUUCAUACAAUUUUCCACACCUGUGAGUGGAUAAACCAUUUGUUCAAAACUGAUAGUGACUAAUGAGAUUUCUGACAGCUUGUCACUUGCCAUUGAGAGUUUUCUUACGUUGGACAUUGUACUUCUUAAAAGUCUAACAUAUUUUAUAAAGGUGGCAGGUAAAGAGUGCUUCAAUGAAAAAUUGGGCAAUGAAUAAGAAGACUUCCUGGCAAAAAGUAUAUAAACACCAACACAGUUCUAGCCAUAAAAGAAAAAGUGUCUGAAGCUAUAAAGGAUUUCAUGAGGCGAAUGAUAAACAGAAAUUAAUUCCCCAAGAGAUUGUCUCUGAGGAAGUCUUUCGCUCACAAUAGCCUAUAAACACAACCAUGAUAGAAAUACCAGACCAUAUAAACCAAAUUUCAUUUUUGCUGAGGGAGCAGUAUUGGAUUUAACCGUUCAAUAUCAGGUCUGGGUUUUACAGGGCUUCAAUGCCACUUUCGUUAUAACAGUAUUAUUUUGAUAAGAUCCAUACAGACAUGGGGGGUUUGAGCCCGGUCAAAGGAAACUUAUUAUCCCCCCCUCCCCCCCAGAGUCUUGCUAGUUAAUGUCCCUGAUGAAGCCUUUGAUAAAGCAAUUCUUUUUAACCCUGAUCUUGAAAAACCAUUGCCUAUUUCCACAUGUUAGUAAAAAACAGUCGUUCCACGCAGUCCAAACGAGUCCAAAUCAAAAUACGGAAAAAACUCGGUGCACUUUUAUCGAAUAAAACUAAAAUAGUAAAGCAAAGUAUUGCCUCAUGUCACCAUUCAAAAUUUUCGUUUAGCAGAAAGUUUUUGACGAAUUUUGGAGUGCGUGGAGACGAGAGUUGCCCAAUGACGCAAGUUUCCACACUGCAGUUUAAGUUAUUCGUUUUACUUUAAAAAAUCAACCAAACUGAACUGAUGUUGUGAUUCUCUGUGUCUUUUUCUUAUAAAGAAUACAAAUUCUGUUGUUUAGAUAUUUACACCAGGACCUUUACACCAGGACCAGGGAGUGUCAGGUGGGGGCAAUACUCCCCUUGCUUUUAUUAUAACAAACGAACGUAAACAUGAAAUAUUUUGCACAUAGCUUGUUAUUUGUAUCUGGCCUUGCUUAGGAUGCACCGGCAUCCAAGGGUGGUACCGUGAAGAGAUCGUUGGUAGAUUAACAAAAAGUCUCAUUGCCAGUGCUAUUGAUCGUGAGAAAAACUGUAACGAAACCCCCAACAUCCCUUAUUUUCAUCCUUUUAGCAAGGACUAGCAAUAGCAAAAGCUCUAUCAUCUUUCUGGAAACAGCGGCUUGCUUAGAAGUAUUAUACUAUUUAGAACUUGUGGGAAAGUUUCCUUUUUCUGAGACACAGCUCCUUUUCCUACCUGUGAUGCCCUUCCAAUUUUUGAAACGCAUUUGACAACUCUGUAUACAUACAACAAGUGUUCUAAAGGGAUCGGAGCCAGGGUUCGAAGUAAAGAGGGAGGAUGCAAAGAACAACUAGUUUCAAAACACUUGUUGUUACUUUUUUCCCAAAAAAUCCAGCAAAAAAGGUAUUGCUCCAAGGGCCGCGAAAUCAGAGGCCCUAACUUGUGGACUUGCGAAAACCCAGUAAUUUUUUGAAGGGCUUCUGAAACACUUUUUGCUGCGCUCAAUCUUCAUUCAGAAAAUAUUUGCGAGUUAAGACAUUGGUUUAACAAUUUGAUACAAAGCCAGUUGCGUGAUCUCACCUUAACAAUGUUUCAACCCACAACUGCUAUCAUAAAACGGCUCAAACAUGUACACUCAAUUUUCGAGAGAUCAUAUCGUGCAAAGUUUUAUUAUCUACAAAAACUCCAUGACUCCUUUAGGUCCUGCAUUGGGCAAUAGGCCAAAAAACUAAUCUUAAAAACAUAGUGUGUUGUGUGAAGUAUUGUAAUGUAUUUUAUGAUUUCUUUAAUGGUAGGGUUUUUGAAAAUGGAUAAACACUAAUUCAGACUAACAUGAAGCAAUUUCAUGGAUUGCGUAAAGCAGUUAAUUUACUGCAAAAGGAUCGGGUACAUUAUUUCCAUGGAACAGAGUUUGAAUUGAUUUACUGAAUUUCUUUGAAUUUCGGGCAUUCUUUCAUCUAGCAAUCAGACACAUAUUUUCGACCCUUAAAACUGUGUAAUCCGAUAUUGUAAUUGAUAGUUCUAAUAAUGUUUGGUAUCACAAAGAGGUUUUGAAUACAGACGAAGUGCAACUUAACAUCUUUUCAUCUUUUCAAAGUCAUGACUUUUUUUCAAUUAAGCUCAAGGCAAUAGAGUUCUAAAGUGAUGACGUCACAAAAGUCUAAUUUCAAAGUUUUUGAAUUUGGAUACCAUAGCCUGAACGAACAUCAUAAAAUGCCUCUAAAUAUGCAAAAUCAGUCAAAUGUGUUACGAAUUGGCUGGGAUAUGGUCACAUAUGUAUUUGCUCUUCCCCCAUCAAACCCUGUAUUUUGGUCUCUGUUCAUAACUUUAGGAACAGAGCCAAAUUAACAGUGAUUCUUUAGCAAACUUCAAAUCUUUCAUUGGCAAUAUCUCAACUGAUUUUAGACAUAUUUGACUAAUUUUGCAUAUUUGGAAGUAUUUCAUGGUGAUCUUUUAUGUUAUGUGGUUAAAAUUAAAAAAUUCUAAAGAUACAGUAGGUUUUUGGUGAGGUCACACUUUAAAAUUCUAUUGAAAUUAUUGAUAAAGCUUAACGAUCACUUUUGUGGAAGGCCAUGGUAGCAGGCAUAAACAGACGCAAAGCACAUUGCAACGUGAAUGAACAAGGACAACUUGUCAUAUCAGACAAUUCAGGGGCGGUUUAACUGGUCAUCAAUGAAAUGACGCUCCUUAACUAUUCAAGCACGUUUAUCUCCGUCAAUGAAACAUUAAGUAGGCUUAUUCAACGGCAGGCAGUAAUCGGGGGAGAUAAUCUUGAAUUUGGCUUAACAUUUAACUGACAUUGCUAUUCAAAAAGAUUGAAUUGAUAAUGUGCCUUGCCCAUAAAUGGAGAUUUUGGAUGGUCUUAUAUCAUUGUCUUCUAAAAUGGCAGGUGACUCUCUCAUAUA